GUCGUGAUUGUCUCACUGCGGGGCCUCUAGACACGUGUCUGUGGCGCGUGUGUCCCGCAGCUGUUUCAUCGUCUGACACAGGUACGCAGAUCGGCGAAAUCUUCAGCUGUGUUCCCGAGGAUAGACGAUUCCAUGGAAUAACAUUCGCGGGAGAACUUCCCCGAUUUCGCGAGAUUCCAGUGAAGUGACUCCGGUCCACUUCCGGUCACGCUCUUAUAAUCAAGAUCACGAAGAUCGAGCUUGCUCGCACAACUUUCUCGAGUGAUUCCGAUAGAGCCGCUCGGUGAGAAUGAGCGGAUUCCAAGAACUGAAAAACGACAGCAUUCUGCGAGCUGCCAGGGGCGAGCCCGUAGAGAAGGUCCCGGUGUGGAUUAUGCGCCAGGCCGGCAGAUACCUUCCAGAGUUCAUGGAGGCACGCAAGUCGCACACUUUCUUCGAUAUGUGCCAGAAACCCGAAGUCGCCUGUGAGAUCACGUUACAGCCGAUACGGAGGUUCCCCUUGGACGCUGCAAUCAUCUUCUCAGAUAUCCUGGUGAUUCCUCAAGCUAUGGGAAUGCACCUCGAAAUGAGACCAGGAGAAGGCCCCGUUUUCACCGAACCGAUCCGGAGCACCGCGGAUUUGAAUCGAUUGAAGGACGUCGAUGUUCCAUCUGACCUCAAAUACGUCAUGGACGCCCUGCGAACGACUCGUCUCGCACUAGAGGGCAAAGUUCCUCUCUUCGGUUUCUCAGGAGCACCGUGGACAUUAAUGUGCUACAUGAUCGAGGGAAAGGGUUCCAAGACUCAGUCGAACGCUAAAAAAUGGCUUUACUCCGAGCGAUCAGCUUCUCAGGAACUUCUGAGCAAACUCGAGCUGACCAUCAUCGAGUACUUGAUCGAGCAAGCGAAAGCAGGGGCUCAGAUGCUUCAGCUAUUCGAUACCAAUGUUGGUUAUCUCGACGAAAGGACAUUCUUGGAGCAUGUGAAGCCCGGUUAUAUCCGGAUCGCCAAGGCGGUACGUGGAAAACUCGGUGAACGGUGCCCUCCGCUGUUCUUGUUCCCAAAAGACGCGCACUCUAAUCUCGCUCACGUCCGCGAUUGCGGGUAUGAUGUGAUCAGUGUCGAUUGGUGCGUAACGCCGGAAGAGGCAAGACGGCUUCUCGGACCAAACGUUACAAUUCAAGGUAACUUGGAUCCUUGUGCUCUUUAUGCUGACGAUGACACUCUUAGGAGACUGACAGUCGAGAUGGUGCGUCGCUUCGGAAAAGAAAGAUAUAUAGCGAACCUAGGUCAUGGAAUGUAUCCUGACAUGGAUCCCGCAAAAGUUCAAGUCUUUGUCGACGCCAUCCACAGUGUCUAGGUCUGUCAGAGCGAGGUUUACAUCUGCAUCUGCAUUU